UCAAAAGGUCUUUCAGAUUAAAAUUCGACUUUCAUUUAUUUAUUUGUAAUAAUUUAUUUUUUAUCCUUACAAAAAAUAAAUUGGUGCAAUUAAUAUUCGAUUUAAUUCUUCACUUCCGUUUCAGUCACUCUGUUCUCUCCUUCCUUAUUCCUCUGUUUUCUCCCAAAUCAAUUCUUCAAAACCUAAAUAUUCACUUCUCCCUCAUGGAAGACGAUAUUUCACAAGAAAAUCCCAAUUCAAUUUCAAAAAUUCCCACAUUAUUGGUUGAUCAUAGUUUGCAAAUGCAAGGGGAAUUUCUGAUGAAGAAGGAAGAAGAUGGUGGUGGGAAGAACUCAUUAAUGGAGGUAGUACAAUUAGAGAUAGAUAUGGAGAAGAAGAAGAUUAGGGAAGAGAUCAUUGCUUCGCAGAUCAUUCGACGCCGAGAGCUCGAAGCCGAGGUUAGGAUGGAGAUUAUGAUGGAGGAACAAAGCAUGGGUAUGAGGCGUUUUUAUAGGGAUUCUAAUUAUGUUGAUCCUUGUAUGUUAAUGAAUAAUUCAUAUGGGUUUUUGGGUUUUCGGGACGGACCAUCUUAUUUUCAUAAAAAUUUGCUGAAUGUAGGGAGUUCUGUUGAUGAAUUUGGAAAGAAUGUGAAAUUGAUUGGUGGGAUUGAUGAUCCCUUGCAAAUUAAGAAUAAUGUGUUUGGAGAUGAAGGGGAGAAGCAGCAAAUUCAUGACGAAGUUGAAUUGGGAAAAAGGCCUUUCGAACGGGACCCUAGUUUGGUUGCUGCUCAAGUUGCAGGAAAAUAUGUGGCUGGAGUUGGUGGGGAAGAAGUAUUGGGCCAGGCUAUGCCUAGUUCAGGCAUUUCUGGCAGGAAAAGGAAAGCUGAAACAUCAGUAGUAGUAAGUGACGAAGAGACAGCUUCUGGUGCAUUGCAGAAGAAGAAGUGGUAUUGCUCCUUGUGCGGAGUUUCUGCUACAUCAGCAGGAGGGUUGAAUCUUCAUCUCCAUGGGAAAAAGCACAAAGCAAAAGAAGCAGUGACUAAAUCUGGUGACACAGGCAGCAAUACUAGUAAUACUAGUGCAGACAGCUAUUCAGUUGAGAAUUCAAUGCACCCUAUGGAGCAAGCAGUAAGCGACGUGCAUGUAAACAAAGUGCAGCCUAUGGAGGAAGAGAAAAGCCAAGUGCAGCCGAUGGAUGAAAAGAAAAGUCUAGUUACCAAGAAAUGGGAGUGCUCUUUAUGUCAGUUAUCUGUAACUUCCGAGGCACUCCUAAAAAGUCAUCUCCAAGGAAAGAAGCACAAAGCAAAGGAAGCGGUGACUAUAUCUGGCAACACAGCCAGCAAUAUUAGCACAGACAGCUAUUCAGUUGAGAAUUCAAUGCAGCCUAUGGAACAAUUGGUAGGCCAAGUGCAACCUAUGGAGCAAAUGGUAAGUCAAGUACAGACUACGGAGGAAGAGAAAAGCCAAGUGCUUCCUGUGGACGAAGAGACAAGUCAAGUGCAACCAAUGGAGGAAGAGAAAAGCAAAGUGCAGCUGACAGAGGAAAAGAAAAGCCUAGUUGCCAAGAAAUGGGAGUGUUCUUUGUGUCAGUUAUCUGUUACUUCCGAGACACUCUUAAAAAGCCAUCUCCAAGGAAAAAAGCACAAAGCGAAGGAGGCUAAGCUUGGAGUUGGUCAAGGAAUGAGUGGUAAUUGUGGUGAACCAGCCAAGGAAAAAAAUGUGGAUGCAAAGAAAUGGUACUGUUCACUAUGCCAAGUAUCGGCUGCAUCAGAGAAAAACCUAAAUGAUCAUUUUCAAGGGAAAAAACACAAGGCUAAGGCAGGGUUGGCUGAUCAAGAGGCUGGUAAUAUGGAUUCUGAUUCAAUUGAUAUCUCAAAAGAUGAGGGAGAAGAGGGUCUCAUGAAUGAGCAAGAAAAAACAAAUACAAGAACAGAGCCGCGCAAAAUCCAAGUAAGCGAACAAGGAAUAGUCGACUCGUUGAACACAGUUAAGACUGGACUAGAGGGGGAUGAAGCAGAGACAGAAGAAUUGGAGAAAAGUGAUUACAAUAGCCAAGAGAUGGAUGGGAAACCUGUGAAGUUGUGGCACUGCAAGAUGUGCAAUGAAGGAACUUAUGAUGAAGCAACAAUGGCUAAUCACAGAAAGAGUAGUAAGCACAUGAAUAUGCUUCGGGAAAUUGGUGGCUGUCUCAUAGUUGUGUCAAACAUGCACAAGGAAGCAGAUGAAGGUGAGAAAGGUUCACAAGAUGCAGCACUUGAAUGAAAAUGAAAACUGCUGGGAUUCAACUAACUGCAAAACUCAAAGGUUUUAAUCUUUAUCCAAGGAAAUUUGCUGAACUUCCACCACAAUUGGCAAAUGCGAAAUUCAAUCAUUUUUUGCUAUUUGUUGAGCAAUCACUUAUUAGACUAGAUAUCCAUAACCAGGUGUGAGAUCUAUGAUGUAUAAUUCAGGUUGUCAGGCUGACUCAAAUUUCUAUUUGGAUCUCAAUAAAGUUAUAAAUUGUGUUAAAUAA